CAGUCUGUAGACCCAGACCUGGCUUUCCGCGAAUCGCUAUUCGACGCCAUGGCAGAUGACGAAGGUGCAGCAUACUGGGAAGGUGUCUAUGGAGAAUCUAUCCACUCAUAUCCUCGUCCUUCUCUCAAAGACGAUCAAGGUCAUCUCGAGCAAAUGACCGAUGACCAAUACGUCGAAUACGUCAAAGCCAAAAUGUGGGAGAAGAAGAACCCAGAAUUGCUUAGAGAGCGUCAAGCGCGUGCUGAGCGUGAAGAGGAGGCCCAGGAUGCAAGAUCGAGGAAGAGACGACACAUUAGUGAGGAUGAUGAAGAUGCACCACGCGAUAAGGGCUUCAUGUCCGAUGUAGACGCUGCCCUUGCUCGAGGUGCCAAGCGUAAGGAAGCCAAGAAAUGGCAACAAGCCUGGUCAUCUUAUCAACAAGGAUGGCAGCAGCUCAAAGCCAACUCUGCGCAACUCGAUCACGACAACCUUCUCAAGGCAAUCCCGUGGCCUGUCCAAAGUCUUGCUGCCAAAGAUGUUGCGAAACAGAGUGUUGAAGAUUUCUUCUUGAACGCUCCAUUGGAAACGGAAGACGUCCGGACCAAAACGCUCAAGGAUGAGAGUGUCAAUUGGCAUCCUGAUAGGUUCCAACGCCGCUUUGGUGGAAGCAACGUUGAUGAGGAAACACUCAAAUUGGCUACAAGUGUCUUUCAGACCAUAUACGAAAUGUGGGAGCGAACGAGACCAACCAAAUAG